AUGGCGUCAACCUCUAACUCUAGCGAUAGAUCUUCCUCGCCACCUCCGUCGACCUCGUCGCCACCAGUGUCCCUACUUCGCCACCCAUUGUCGCCGCCGCGAACUUACACCUUCGAACAAAGAUCGCGCAAGAGAAGGCGCGUGGAAGAAAAGCGAGACACAUCACUAAUCCACGGCUUCGAUCUUCAACUCCACGCCAACGAGAUCCUUCAAUCGGAGGAUCUCUCGAAACUGCAAACCGCAAUCGAAGAGUUCUCUAAAUCCUCAACCAAGAAGAAGAAUCUUGAAUCCAAACGUCUCUUCGAUUCCCUCGCACUCCAUUACCCGAACGCAUUUUCCUUCAAGCUCGCAAAACUCCUCAACCUCCAACCUCCGCUCGACAUCCGCACCGUGGCCGUUGAUCUUCUCCACCAAACUCUCACCAAAACGCACGGGCACGGCGACCUGUGGAAAAUCAAUAAGGCCAUGCUUAUGGAACUCAAAAACCCUCUCCUCCAAUCUGUCAAGAUUGAAUCCGAAGAAUCGUUGCUCCCUCCGCUCUGCAAAACGAUCGGAAAUGUCGCUUCUAGGGUUUAUGAAUAUCCUCUUGGUGGUUGGAAAGAGCUUCUUGAGUAUGUUUGCUCGUGUGUUUCUGGUGACUCGAAUUUGAACCAUAGAAAGGGGCUCAUGCUGUUAGCGGAAUUGCCAUUUGAUGCGUCCGGAAACAGAGAAUUCUGGGAGAAUGGGAAUUACGGUACACUCACAGCGAGGGUCUCGAUGCUUGUGAACUCAACUGAUGAGGAAUUUCAGGGUUUGAAAUUUGAUGCCUCGUUUGCGCUUAUGGGAAUGUCCAUUAAUCUUGGGAGAACCGAAGUCUGUGAUUCUCUUUUGCCAAUUACAUUGGAAUUCAUUGAUAGACAUGUUGAAGAAAAAACUGUGGUGGAUAGGCUUCGACGCUUGGCAGAUUUGGUUUGUUUAGAUGAGGGUGAAAUCUUCAAGGGGAAAGAGGGUGAUGUGUUUCAGGGUAUGCUUCGACUCGCGGAGGCUGAAGGUGCUAGUGAGGAGCUAAGGUGUGCUGCGGUUCUUGUUCUGAAGGAGCUUGACGAGGAGAACAUGGACGCUAUGGAGAAUGUGAUGAAGAACCUGCCUCUUGUGGAAGUGAAGAGGGUCCUUGCACUUUGUAUGGAGAUGUUGACGUGCGUUCAAGAUGAUCCUCUUUGGUAUGAACUGGACAAUGUGAACUGUGAAGAGGCUGGGAUGUUGUCAGAGAGUUUCAGACGUGGAAAGUUCUUGCUAAACUGGCUGUGUUCUGAAGGGGAUGAAAGUAUAUUCAUUCCCACUGUAAUUGAGAUGGUAAGAGAAACAUAUAUAGCUGAUAAGGAUUGGCGGAAACGUCAUGCAGGAAUUAUGGCCAUUGGAAGAAUUGCUCAAGGACAAAGCAAGGACAUGAUUCAGGUUUUUGAGCAAGUUAAGAGACUGGUCUUUACGUCACUCAAUGAUACGCACCCCCGCGUAGUUUGGUUUGCUAUCCAUGCUACUAACUCUCUGAGCGAAUAUAAAGAAUUAGUACCGAAUGUCCAAUAUCAUAUGAAGUUCUUGGCUAAACUAGUUUUCAUCAUUAAGAGUAGCCUUUUUCCCCGUGUACAGGCAUAUGCUAUUAUAGCCAUUCGUUUCUUGGUUACAUAUUGUGGCUUAGACAGAAUGGCAUCUUUUGGGGAAGAGAUUGUGACAAUAAUGCUUUUACUUCUUAAGCAUGAAAAGCAGAAGUUACAGGAAGAAGCUGCGGAAACCCUGACAUUAAUUGCAGUUUCGAUACCGCUGGCCAAUUUUCGUAAAUAUUACGAUACAACAAUGGAUUCACUAAAAGACAUUCUGUUUCAUAACUACAGUUCACCUAAACUUUUGCUCCGUGCCAAAUGUCUAGCAUGUAUGAGUAGUAUUGUCCUGAGGGUCGAACAAGUUAAGUUCGAUGAACAGGAAGCUGUUCUGAAUAUUGCUCUACCUCAUGAUCCUGAUACACAUCAUUCAGAAUUCGAGUUAAAUUUGUCUAUAGAUUCUUAUGAAAGCCUGUCAAAUACUUAUGAAAUUAUUUCUUACCAUGCUAAUUUAUCUUGUAACGCUGUGAAGGUCAUAGAUUCUCUCAUAUCACUGGAUGGAAAAUUGAGAAGUACAGAUCACGCACUUGAUCAAUUCUUCCGAUGCCCAGGAGUGGAUGUUGACAGAUUUAUCAAUAAAGUGAUGCCUAUGUUGCUUCGUUCUGCUCAACUUGAUAUUGAUCUUAAAGAUGAUAGCCUAGAUUGUGGCGGCAAGAAUUUCGAUGUCGAAACUGAGAGACUUUGGGCUUGUAAUGUUCUCUCAAACUGUGCUGUUCGGUGGUCAUCGCUAGUGUUUUCUCCUCACAUUAGCAAGGUCUCUAAAAUUUUUGUGCGCUGGCUUGGUUGUUCUAGUUUUGAAACUCAAAAGGCUUCUAUUUUAGCUCUUCCAAACCUAUUGCGCUCAGUUCAAUCAGUUGUCCAAAAUGAAGUGUCUCAAAAAAGUUUGACCGCCUUCAUUGUAGAAUCUCUGGUUGAAGCAUUGAGCAAGGAAGCAGAUGAAGAUUUGUUUAUGACAAUGUUAAGGUCACUCCCCGAAUGCAUUCAGAUCUCUAAUUCAGUUUUCACUACUCAACUCAUCAAGAUGACUGCCAGUGUGAUAAAACAAAUUCUGAAUAAGAUUAUCAAAAUUGAGAAAGAACAAGAAGCGGGGACUUCUGAAGGGGGAAGCGAAUAUUUACCAGAUGAAAAAAUAAUUCUGAGUGCAAAUCACUUAAUAACAACAACGAUUGAAACAUUUGAGGCUCGACUUUUGCCGUAUGUUGAUGACUUUAUAUCAACUGUUGCACUGCUUUGGGGUGAUGAUUUUCGAGACAGAGUGAAAGCAUUUGCGAUUUCUAUUUUUAACAUUAUUGUGCAACAAUUCCCAGAAAAAUUGCAGAUGUAUCAUGACCAAUAUACUUUAGUCCUCUUGAAAGCUUUUAGGGAUGAAAAUUCUCAUGCUCAGCUGGAAGCUGCACGGGGGAUUGGUUUCUGUGCUAUGUUUGGAGGACAUAAAUUUAAACCUAUUGCUAAUGUGGCUAUCUCCAGUCUAUACUCUGGGAUAAAAAGAUUUUCAAUCAGGGGAGGAUCGGGAUAUAGUUCAGGGAUAUAUGAUACGGCAGUUUCAGCCUUUGGGAAAAUAUGUGAAUUUCAUCGUGAAAAUAUUGAGGCCACUGAGCUGUUAUUCUACAUUCUAUGAGAGGAUAGUCCGAUAAAGGUGGAAGAAGUGAAAGUAUCAGAUAAAGAAUAUAAUCAGACUUAAGAGAUUUAAAUCAGUAACUUAUGCGAGACUUAAUUGUAUAAUUAAGUGAAAAACAAAUGAAAAAUACAUUUUCGUUCGCAUCAGAAGGGAUACUGAAGUGGUCUCCUGACAAUAAUACGCUGGCUUCUUAGCUGAUGCAAGUAUUAUUCUUCCACGCUUGGAUUGGCACUCCAAAGCAGGACUGCAGGAGCAGGACAUUGGUUCCGUGAUUUCGACCUGGUUAAACUUCUUGCCACUAACCAGUGAUUUCAAUGAAGCAAGAUAUGCGCAUGGACUGCUUUCUAAAAUGUUACAAAGGUCAGAUGCAGAGCUUUUGGGGCCUAAUAACGAAAAUCUUCCUAAGAUUCUUUCCAUCCUCAGAGAAAUUUUAUCUCGAACUGACAAUCUUGCAACGGAGGAAACUAUUAAAGAGAUGACUGAUGUCCUAAAUCAACAUGGUGGGAUGCCAUGAUAGUUAAAAAUUUAUACAGCACAUCAUGCACUAUUAACAUGUUACACCCUUCCCCUCAUUAUUAGGCUUCACAAUUUCGCCGAAGUCAAAUUUCAUAAAUUGGGGAGGUGCAAUUUUCUUUUUCUUUUUUAUUUCUUGGGGUUAUUGAAUUGUACAGACGACAAUAAGAAAGGAAGGUUUCGAUUUUCCAACGUGUAAAUGUAUAACAACAUUUUACAUACAGAUAAU